ACACCAUGUCAAAGGGACCAGCAGUUGGCAUUGACCUGGGCACCACUUAUUCCUGUGUGGGUGUUUUCCAGCAUGGCAAAGUGGAGAUCAUCGCCAAUGACCAGGGCAACAGGACCACACCCAGCUAUGUCGCUUUCACAGACACAGAAAGGCUGAUUGGGGACGCGGCCAAGAACCAAGUGGCCAUGAACCCCACAAACACAGUGUUUGGUAAGAAAUUAACUUGGGGAAAUUGAUGAAAUAACAUGUACGGUAUAUAAGAUGUACUAUACAUGGAGAGACUAUCUGUGGCAUUAACUCGUGUUUACCCCCUUAUCUCCCAGAUGCUAAGCGGCUGAUAGGGCGGAAGUUUGACGACAGUGUCGUCCAGGCAGACAUGAAACACUGGCCGUUUACAGUGAUCAACGACUCGACACGGCCCAAGGUCCAAGUGGAGUACAAGGGAGAGACCAAGGCCUUCUACCCAGAGGAGAUCUCCUCCAUGGUGCUGGUCAAGAUGAAGGAGAUCGCAGAGGCCUACCUGGGCAAGGUGAGCGUGCUCACAACAGUCCUAUCACUCUGUCUUCAUAGCAACGCAUGUUAUGGUCUUUGGGGUGUUACUUAAUGGUUGAACAAAAUAUAAAUGCAUUUUUCUCACACUGUAGAGAUAACUUCCAAAAAUGAAGAUUGUCUUGUUACUUAAAGUGACACAUUACUAAUUUGUGUAUACUGUAAAUCUUUCCUCCUGUAGACUAUAACCAAUGCAGUGGUCACUGUGCCAGCUUACUUCAACGACUCUCAGCGCCAGGCCACCAAAGACGCAGGGACUAUCUCAGGACUCAACGUACUCCGCAUCAUCAAUGAGCCAACCGCUGCUGCUAUCGCCUAUGGCCUGGACAAGAAGGUUAAUGUAUAUAUAUUUAUCAACACUAACAACUAUACUUAGAACUCAGAACCAUAAUGCAUACCUGAGGCCCAUUGACAUGUGUUUUGGGAGACACAUUUCACAAAAAUGCAUAUUUAACUCACGUUUCAAAAAAUAAUAAUUUUAGGUGGGAGUGGAGAGAAAUGUCCUAAUCUUCGACCUGGGCGGAGGUACGUUUGAUGUGUCUAUCCUGACCAUCGAAGAUGGGAUCUUUGAGGUGAAGUCCACAGCCGGAGACACCCAUCUUGGAGGAGAGGACUUCGACAACCGCAUGGUCAACCACUUCAUCUCUGAGUUCAAGCGCAAAUACAAGAAGGACAUCAGCGACAACAAAAGAGCUGUGCGUCGUCUGCGCACUGCCUGUGAGCGUGCCAAGCGCACCCUGUCCUCCAGCACCCAGGCCAGCAUUGAGAUUGACUCUCUGUAUGAGGGCGUUGACUUCUAUACCUCCAUCACCAGGGCUCGCUUUGAGGAGCUGAACGCUGACCUGUUCAGAGGCACACUGGACCCUGUGGAGAAGUCUCUGAGGGACGCCAAGAUGGACAAGGCCCAGGUUCACGACAUCGUCCUGGUGGGAGGCUCCACACGCAUCCCCAAGAUCCAGAAGUUGCUGCAGGACUUCUUCAACGGGAAGGAGCUCAACAAGAGCAUCAAUCCUGAUGAGGCUGUUGCCUAUGGUGCAGGUGGGGCUCUUUAUUUUUCUAGCUCCCUCUUCUAUCUAAAGCUUUGCCCAGUAAUCCCUCUGGUCAGCUGUGUCUUUUCCUGUUCUGUCUUCUCUAACCUUCAUCCAGAGAAGCCCUAAUAUGGAUAAGGACAUUAUAAAUGCUUUGAUGGUUUAAGAAUGAGUGAUGACCCCUGUGCCUGUUGACAGCUGUCCAGGCGGCCAUCUUGUCCGGAGACAAGUCUGAGAACGUGCAGGACCUGCUGCUGCUGGACGUCACGCCACUGUCCCUGGGAAUUGAGACUGCUGGAGGGGUCAUGACCGUGCUCAUCAAGAGGAACACCACCAUCCCCACCAAGCAGACGCAGACCUUCACCACCUACUCAGACAACCAGCCUGGGGUGCUCAUUCAGGUGAGGGGGAUGUACUAUGACUCAUUCCUAGGUACCUCAAUGGAUUAUGUUUCCAUCAGUGUCAAAAUGUUAGCAUAUACUCUAGUUGAUAUUUAACUAGAAUUUGUUCUGAAUCAAUACUUACCCACACACUCCUUUUAUUUGUUAGUGUUUACAUUCAAACUUGGGAUGAGACUUUGAAUGUAUCCACAUGAGUGUUGACCUGAGUGUGUGUUGGUGUCCUAUCCAGGUGUAUGAGGGGGAAAGAGCCAUGACCAAAGACAACAACCUACUGGGGAAGUUUGAGCUUUGUGGGAUCCCACCAGCCCCCCGGGGUGUGCCUCAGAUCGAGGUCACCUUUGACAUCGACGCCAACGGCAUCAUGAACGUGUCCGCCGCUGACAAGAGCACCGGCAAGGAGAAUAAGAUCACCAUCACCAAUGACAAAGGUACACUUAGUAGUUCUUACAGUUUAAAGGGGAAAUCUGCAUUUCAAACAAUAACAAAGCAUUUACCCUGCCACUGUUUUGGGGGAAAAGUUGAGGGAGGGGGCUGGAGAAAUGUAACCACUCUCAAAUGUAUAGACAUAGCUAUGGAUGCAAGGACUGACCAUCCCAUGAUAUUACAAUUAUAGUUUUAACCAUGUUUUGAGGCUAGGCAGUGUUUACAGUUACAUAGCUUAUUUUUGGUUUAUUUAAGACAUUUAUUAAUUAAUAUGUAUAUAUGUAUUCAUUUUUUAUAUUUUUUAUUUAAAAGUCCAAACAUGGAUGAACCAUUUGCAGAUUGCCCUGUAAAGCUAUAGUCUUAAAUCUGGGAAUCUGCUCAUUUCAAUUAUUGAUAUUUACCCAUUGAUUCUUCAACAUCUGAAUCCCAUAAUGUAGCUUUAAACACGAUGCCAUUGUAAAGUAUGCAGACUAUUUUAAAUGGGGAUGUCCUCUCCAACAAUGCUUGGUAACAAAGCCUCCAUCUCAUUGUCUGUCCCUCUCUCCACAGGUCGUCUGAGUAAGGAGGACAUAGAGCGCAUGGUCCAGGAGGCUGAGCAGUACAAAGCUGCGGACGACGUCCAGAGGGACAAGGUGGCGUCCAAGAACGGCCUGGAGUCAUACGCCUUCAACAUGAAGUCCACCGUGGAGGAUGAGAAGCUCAAGGGCAAGCUCAACGACGAGGACAAACAGAAGAUCCUGGACAAGUGCAAUGAGGUCAUCAGCUGGCUGGACAAGAACCAGGUACAGUACGGGCUCUGGGUCCUUCAACCAGAAUGGAGUGGGUUAAUGUUCAUAUCUAAAGUCAAGUAUAGCACUCUGAGUCCCUCACCUCAUUGUAAUUUGAUUAAACAAAUGUCUGGUGGUUAAACAAGGUUGGAGCACUGUCUCUCUCUCGCUCUUCCUUUCUCCUCUCUCCUUGUAGUCUGCAGAGAAGGAGGAGUUUGAGCACCACCAGAAGGAGCUGGAGAAGGUGUGUAACCCCAUCAUCACCAAGCUGUACCAGGGUGCAGGGGGCAUGCCCGGGGGGAUGCCAGGGGGGAUGCCAGGGGCUGGUGGUGCCACACCCGGAGGAGGCGGAUCCUCUGGACCAACCAUUGAGGAAGUCGAC